GGGCUCCAGGAGCUGACGGAGAGGGCCGCCGCCCAGCAGUAGACGCCGUCUCAGCCGGCGGAAGCUCAGUUCUCGGUGUGUGAGUGAGCCCCAGCCCGGUCCCCUCUCCCGCCGCCGCCAUGGGCUGCACGUUGAGCGCCGAAGACAAGGCGGCGGUGGAGCGGAGCAAGAUGAUCGACCGCAACUUGCGUGAGGACGGGGAGAAAGCAGCUAAAGAAGUGAAGCUGCUGCUACUCGGUGCUGGAGAAUCUGGUAAAAGCACCAUCGUGAAACAGAUGAAAAUCAUUCAUGAAGAUGGUUAUUCAGAGGAAGAAUGUAAACAGUAUAAAGUGGUUGUCUACAGCAACACGAUACAGUCCAUUAUUGCGAUCAUAAGAGCCAUGGGACGUCUAAAGAUUGACUUUGGGGAAGCUGCCAGAGCAGAUGAUGCCCGGCAGUUAUUCGUCUUAGCUGGCAGUGCUGAGGAAGGAGUCAUGACCCCAGAACUGGCAGGAGUGAUUAGACGGCUAUGGAGAGAUGGUGGCGUGCAGGCUUGCUUCUGCAGGUCCAGGGAGUACCAGCUCAAUGAUUCUGCUUCAUAUUAUCUAAAUGAUUUGGAUAGAAUAUCCCAAACCAACUACAUUCCAACUCAGCAAGAUGUCCUGCGGACAAGAGUGAAGACCACAGGCAUUGUGGAAACGCAUUUCACCUUCAAAGAGCUUUACUUCAAGAUGUUUGAUGUAGGUGGCCAAAGAUCAGAACGAAAAAAGUGGAUUCACUGUUUUGAGGGAGUGACAGCAAUUAUCUUCUGUGUGGCCCUCAGUGAUUAUGACCUUGUUCUGGCUGAGGAUGAGGAGAUGAACCGAAUGCAUGAAAGCAUGAAACUGUUUGACAGCAUUUGUAACAACAAAUGGUUUACAGACACUUCAAUCAUUCUCUUCCUCAACAAGAAAGAUCUUUUUGAGGAAAAAAUAAAGAGGAGUCCAUUAACUAUCUGUUAUCCAGAAUACACAGGUUCCAAUACAUAUGAAGAAGCAGCUGCUUACAUCCAGUGCCAGUUUGAAGAUCUGAACAGAAGAAAAGAUACCAAGGAAAUCUACACCCACUUCACCUGUGCCACAGACACCAAGAAUGUGCAGUUUGUUUUUGAUGCUGUUACAGAUGUCAUCAUUAAAAACAACUUAAAGGAGUGUGGACUUUAUUAAAAUGUGUGGAUGUGACUAAAAGUUAUGACAGUGUGGAGUGUUGAGACCAGACUUCUCUUGCUGUCUCAAUGGGCGGCAGCGAGCAUGAACGGGACCAGGGAUGGCGGCAGCAUGCAGAAUCUUAGCACUCUUUAGCACAAUCUUCUGUAUUAGGGAACUUAAUUGACAUGAGAUGCUAAAGUCAGAUAUUGGAAUUGGGGCAAACUGUAAAGUAUGAAUCAAGACAUCACUUGGAUUUCAUAAUCUCAAAUGUUUAGGGCAGAUGUGAAGUUGAGGUGCUGCAUUCCAGAACUUCAAUAUGUAGCUUAUUCUUUUUUUUUCCUUGUUAACAAACCAUCAGUAGUGUAUUUUAAAAAAUUUGUUUCCAUCAAGAAUUACUACUAAAUUUUGUUUCUUUGUUUGCAAAAGAAUCUUUAUUAAAACACACACAGUCUUAACUAUGCACAUCAUAUGAGCAAAUCAUCUUGAAAAUAUUCCUCUUAGUAGGAACUCUUUGUUUUUUAACUCUUGGUAUGGUCAGAUAUAAUAUUUCUGUAAUUAUGUAAUUCUUUAGUUAUUGGGGCUGUGAUUACAGCUUUUUUGGAUGAAAUUUGUGUUACUAUCCUGUUGAAAGAACCAUUAUGGUUUCUAAAUGGUAAUUGGAGAGUUCUGUAUAACUCUUUUUUUUAAGCUUAGGGUUGAAGUUUAACCGGGUUUAUGCUGAUUACCAAAUUACUAAAUAAAUGCUUCUGUAGUAUGAUAAAGUCAACUUCUUGGACACAAACAUACCCAGGGCAGCUGCCAGUAAGAAAUGCAAAUUGCUAAAUUUCAAACUGAACCAGUGACUUUGCUGCUACAUCCCUACUAAAUUGGCCACUUUGAUCCUUGCUUGUUUGUCUCAGUCAUAGGGAACUUUGUAACUGAUACCACUUGUUUUUCAUCUUCUAUGGCUUUUUCUGUUGGGAAACAUCUAAAGUGUAUUAACAGUGCAUGCUUUUACUUUGUAAAUGUGGUGCCAAAUCCCUGUUUGCCAUUGUUUUUAUUGUAGCAAUGUUAAUUGUAGUAAUCCUUAGUCAGUACGUUCUUUUGCCGAAACCAUUGCAUUUUGGGACCUUUUCCCACUUUGUCGUGUGUACAGAUUUUAAUCUGUUAUAGAUGGCAGCAGUAUUAAAAUGGUGAGUAAAGAGUCCA